AUGCUUGUGGAUGAGAGAGAGAGAUUUAAAGACCAGGAAGUUGUGGCAGCUCCGGUCAAAUCUCUGAGAGGACAAGAUGAACAGAAGCUCAAGCCCCGGCAAUCUCCAUUGUUUCAGGGCUGGGGAGAGAAUCUAUCGGAUGAGGAUCAGGAAGAGGCACAGGCUUUGUUUGAGAAAUAUGGCUACAAUGUUUUCCUCAGCGAUCGUCUGCCUCUCAACCUAGAGCUACCAUACGGACCUGACCUGAGCAUGUCCAUGAAGAGGAAUGCACUGAGGGCAGCAGAGAUCUGGAUGGAUGAGUACAAACAUAAUGUCAAUAUUGCCUGGAACAUUCCAAUUAAGGAUCAUGGAAUAGAUAUCGGUGAUGUGUCAGAGAGAAAGGAGCUCAGAGAAAAGCUGAAAUGUAAGCCCUUCAAGUGGUACCUGGAAAAGAUUUAUCCUCAGUUGGACACAUGGGACAAUAUACUGGCCUAUGGAGGGAUGAAGAACUUGGAUGCAAACAUAUGUAUAGAUCAAGGACUUAUUCCUGGUCAUACACCCAUAGCCUUCGACUGCUUCAACUAUGGCCCACAGCACACAUACUACCACAGUAAUGGGGAGCUUUACAUUGGUGGCCUAAAGUCCCACAAGUACAAUGACAACAGGUGUUUGGCUGACAGUGGGGAAGACAAAUUUCCUGAUCUGUAUGACUGUCACGAGGCCGUGCAGAAGGGCAUGGGCAUUCACUGGGACUUCACGCAGGGCAAGGAACUCAAGAACAGACAAACAAAAAGAUGCUUAGAAAUACAAAAACAGAAACUUGUGGUCCAGAAAUGCACUGGCCAGAAAUGGGAAAUCCAAAACAUCAUCAAGCCCUUCUAAUGGACCAGCAUAGAGGAGAUUCAUGUUUGCCUCUAGACUAAACCACAUUUUAUGUUUGCUAUUCUGUUCUAUGGGUCACUUUGGAUUA